CCAGGUGAGCGGAUGUGUGAGCAGGAGCCGUGAACACGACACAGCCGAGGAAGUCAUGAGAGCCGUCUGGUGUGGACUCCUGGUGACGCUUUGGUGCUCCAGUGGACCGUCUGCAGGUGCUUUGGACAGCAUAAGCCCGUUCAUAAGACACUACGAGGGACUGUCCUACGACAGGGAAGCCGUGCACAGGAAGCACCAACGAGCCAAGAGAGAAACAAGCCCUCACAGACAGGUGGUGCCACUGGAUUUCAGAGCUUUUAACAGAAACUUCAGCUUACGCCUGAAAAGAGACAUGGCGGCGUUUGCAGACAACUUUGAGGUCAACGUGAAAGAAGCUGCUGGAGUGGUCGAUCUUUCUCACAUCUAUUCGGGACAGCUGGAAGAUGAUGGGAGAUCCUCCUGUCAUGGAACCAUUCUCCAAGGCCAAUUCGAGGGGACCAUCGAGACAGCGAAUGGCACAUACUUUGUUGAACCCAUGUCCCGAUAUUCCACCAGCCAGACAGACCACUCUGUCAUCUACCAUGAAGACGACAUUGAUGACCUCGACGAGGGUAGAGCCCACGGAGGGUUCUGUGGUGCGGAACGGCUGAAACAUUUCGCCCAGCGCCUCAAACAGGCAGAGGCUGAUCAGGAGGAGGUUGUGUCCAGGGCAAGGAGGACAGUGGACAACUCUAAAACCACCUGCCUCCUCCAUUUUUAUGCAGAUGACCGCUAUUUCAAGAGGUUUGGGAGUGUGGAAGCAGUAAUUGGUCAGGUUUCCUCAUAUAUCAGAGCAGUGAACGACAUCUACGACAAAGUCGACUUUGAAGGAAUCAAGUUAAUCAACUUCAAAGUGAGAUGGCUCAAGGUCAUGCCGGACCGGGACGCCUCCAGCCCCCUCUCCCAGACCUUGGUCGGCCCGGAGAAGCUCCUCGGCCUCUACUCCCAGAUGAACUGGGGCAACUACUGCCUGUCCUACCUGCUGACCGACCGCGACUACAGUGGGGUGCUGGGCCUGGCCUGGGAGGGCAAGCCGGGGAUGUGGGGAGGGAUCUGCUCCCCAUAUAAAAACGUCCCAGACAUGGGGCACUCAACCCUGAACACGGGGCUGAUCACACUGCAGAAUUUCGGCGAAUACCUGCCCCCCAGGCUCGUGCAGCUCACCUUGGCCCACGAGCUGGGACACAGCCUGGGAGCCCCGCACGAUGAAGGCAGAAACUGUGGGAAUAUGGGGUCAAGCGGAGGUAAGGGCAGGUUCCUCAUGUUCCCGCAAGCCACCGACGAGGUCCUGGAGAACAAUGACAAAUUCUCCCCCUGCAGCAUCAAGUCCAUCAGUCACCUGCUGAGAAUCAAGAAGGACGAGUGCUUUGUCAAGAGUGAUGGGCCCAUCUGCGGAAACCAAAUUGUGGAAGAAGGCGAGGCGUGUGAUGUUGGACAGAACGACAUGGAUCCCUGCUGCUAUAGCGCCAAAGAGCCAUCGGGCGUCCAGUGCAAUCUGAAACCAGACAAGCUUUGCAGUCCCAGUCAGGGUCCCUGCUGCAAUGGCCGUUGUGUGUUCAAGCCCUACGGAGCGUUCUGUGAAGAGGAGACUGAGUGCCAGUUGACUAGUACAUGUUCGGGAACCAUGGCCGCAUGCCCACCUCCCGGCGCCAAGCCCAACUUGACAACCUGUGCCCGGGACACACGCGUCUGUCUUAACGGGGAGUGCGUCCAGUCACUGUGUCUGAAGUACGGCUUGCAGCAGUGUGACUGCUCAGAAGUUUCCUCCACAGGGAAAUGCUACCUGUGUUGCCAACAGCCAGGUAAGCCAAAAACCUGCGCGAGCACAACUUCCUCCAUCAUGACCAAGUACUUCCAGGGCGCCAGUGUGCCCCUUGUGGCAGGUGCGCCUUGCUACAACAAACAGGGCUACUGCGACAUGUUCAAGGUCUGUCGCGUUCUGGAUGCUGACGGUCCCAUCGCCAGACUGAAAAACUCAUUUUUGCACCUGAACGAGUUCGACAACCUCGCCGAUUGGAUGGAGGCUUACUGGUGGCUUAUUCUCCUGACCAUAUGUGGAGUAGCAGCUGUGAUGGCCUGCAUCAUCUGUUUGUGUGGACGGACCCUGGAGACCGACAAGGACAAGUAGACGAGUUAAGUGCAGAGAUUUGCAUGCUGGGAUACAGGAGGCCACCGGUGUGGCGGGGCAGCAUUAGUCACGGAUCAGCUGGAAUCUGGGUUUGAGUGCAUCAGCUGUACGAGGGACUGGAAGCGGUGGUGUAGUCACGUCACUUAACUACAUGUCCAAUCAAGUCUCAAGUCUCCAGCUCUCAAGUCAAGUCCAAGCCUCCUUACCUCAAGUCCUGGUCGAGUCCCAACUCUAUAGUUCUCAAGUCAAGUCCAAGUCACCGUACCUCAAGUCCUAGUCGAGACCCAAGUCUCCAGCACUCAUGUCUGAGACCAAAAUCAAGGCAAAGUCACCCAAUCAGCAGUCCAAGUCUCAUUGCCAAUUUUCUCUGUCGUACUCAUAUUGAUGUCCAGAAACAGCUGGCAGGAAAAAGUGUUACAUUUUACGGCUAUUUCAAAGUACAAAGAGACCGAGACAUGUAAUCCCUCCUUUCCUCUAGGCAGCAUGAAUAGGCCAUUAUGUAAUAGCUACUACACAAACUACAAAGUGCAAGUUAAAAAAAAAGUUGCAAAUGGUCGAGCCCAAGUGUAUUUUGACACAGAUCACACUCAAGUCCUGGACAUGCAUACUACAAGGCUGGCUUGAAGCCAUCAAAAGAACACAAAGAACACAAACCAGUUUUGUAUGUCUUGCUUAUCUAUGGUCACGUCCAUAUCAACUUGCAUUGUUAUUUGCAGGGUCAUUUACCUCUGCCCUGUUACCACAAUUUUAUCGACCUAGGUGCCGGGGUGUUGCGGGAGGCACCAUGUUCGAGGGACGGCGUGUUUGCGUUUCCCAUUGCGUGGUUGCUUUACGAAACGAAGCACGUUGCUCCAAACAUGAGGAUGCCAGGUCCUAUGAGCGAACACACGUGGCCCCCGAACCUGAGUGGUCUCUCCUCUUUUAGACUCACCUGUCCAAACACCAAACCAUAGGACACGUCCUUGCAUGGAGUUUAGCUUGUUUGCUCUGCAGGGCAUCUGAACCCCCACCUCCCCUCCACUCCACGUCUAAUUUAAGCUUUGACAAUUUUCCAGGUUUCCACCGUUGUCACAUUGCAACUCUUGGAGCACCAUAUGGGGUAAGACACAUAAAAAUUCAAAAAGGAAUCCAUGCCCUGCCUGUGGUCAUGGCAAUGACAGUUGAGACAUUUGAUGGAUGGAGGACAGGUCUGUUGAUGACGACCACUCACCUGAUGUUGUUGUGGAAGAGGAUCUUGGGACCCUUUGUACUUGAUUUGUUUCCAAUUUACAGUACCCUCCACCUCCUGUGUCCAAAGUGCCCGACAGCUGAAGACAAGAUUAUGCCAGGGGGUUAUGUAAUCAUCUCCAUGAGUCAGAAAUAAAUGAUGCCCAUCCACACUGAAAGGAAAUUAUGAAUGGCCAGACAGAUGGAACUUUCCAUUGCCUCAGAGAUGCCUGUAUGAGCCUCUCCCUGUAUAAAACAUGUUAAAGGUUAUUCUGUUGAGCCCGUCAUUAAAGGAAGACAAUUCUAGAAAGCAUUGACAUGAAGGUUCCUUGUGAGGUAACUGUCCAGUAAGUCUUCAUAUAGCGAAAUAAUUGCUCUUGAACUACAUUAAAGACACUUAAAAUUGUUAUUUAGCUGACGCCUUUAUCCGAAGCGACUUACAAUUGAUUAGACUAAGUCGGGGACAAUCUCCCCUGGAGCAAUUGCUCAAGGAACCUAACAGCUGUGCUGGUCUUAUUGUGGCUCCACCGGACUUGAACGACCAACCUUCUGGGUUCUAGCCAUGUCCCUUAACCACUAGGCUACAGGCUACCCAAAGGUAGCUUGGUGAGUGUAUAACAUACAUAAAGCAAUGCACAAUGCUAAAUUGUCUUUUGUAAAUGCAUUGGUCAUUAUCUGGCAAUGUGUACCCCUUUUUUUCUCUACACAAUUUGGUAAGGUGCACCCAUAACAUUACAUUACAUUACAUUAAUGGCAUUUGGCAUUCAUCCAGAGCGAUGUACAGUUGAUUAGACUAAGCAGGAGACAAUCCUCCCCUGGAGCAAUGCAGGGUUAAGGGCCUUGCUCAAGGGCCCAACGGCUGUGCGGAUCUUAUUGUGGCUAUACGGGUCCCAGUCAUGCACCUUAACCACUACGCUACAGGUGGCCCCACCCAUACAAGGAACACUGCAUUUGAUGAGCCGCUGACUUCUAUGUACUUGUCUCUGAGACACUGACCGUUUUACCGAGUAGGGACACCCUGAUUUGACCAGUAAUACUGCUGGUUUAAAUAAGAGAAGCAGCUAGAACUACAUUUUCAAAAAAACAGCAGUAAUACUGGCCUCAGAGGGGCAGACUUUUGUAUCCCUGCUCUGGAGGCAACAAAGUACUACAGGAGAGCUAACGCUGGUUGGAGGAGAGAUAUGUCACACUGACAGACGACAGGCUGCCUGGUUACGUGUUCCUGGUAUAAUGUAGGAUAUUACUAUUGCAGAGAUAAUGGAACUUGUAAACUUGAAUGUCAUUUCUGAUCAAAGAGCUGUGUAGAGUUCUGUUUUGUUUUUACUUUGAUGUAUACCUACCCAGUGUCCUUUUUUUAUUUUUAUAGUUUAGCCGAAUGUAUUAGGAUAAUUAGGAUCCUGUUGCCAUUGUUCAGAUCCUUGUUUGAUGUGAGGGAGAUCAGUAGAGAUGAUGGACAAUGCCUGUGGAAGGACAGCUAGGCCAUCAUCAUUACCCAAACAAUAAAGUGAAUGGUUCUGAAAGCCAGAUGCAAGGCCAGAGAAGUGUAUUCAGAUGGUCUGUUUCUGCAUCAGGGCUGUGUUACCUGCACAUUGUUUUCAAUAAAAGAACAAAUCUGUAGUA